UCACUUCGACAAUGUCGGUAACGGUAAGCAUUCUCGAUUCUCGGCCAUUUUUGCUGGUGUGUUCUUAGAUUCGGCUUUGCUUUUAGAUAUUUUUUGCUAUUUUUAGAUCUAAUCAGAAAGGAGUUACAUGCUACGAUUUUGUGGAUAAAACCACUGUUCUCUUGUUCUGUGAUGAAGUCUGAGAUCUCUCUUUACUGUGUCGGUGUUAUUAAAAAAAAAACAGAACUUUUUUUGUUUCUCGAGUUUUUUUUUUUUGAAUCCAGAUUCUGUUCCACAGAUGCUAAUUUCAAUCAUAGUAUCAAUCUCAAUUGAAAGUUUCUGGCUUUGGAUGAAUUAAUUCAAAAUAAAUUUGAGUAUUGAUGAUCUCUCCACAGGCUGCUUUCAUUGAUUCGGAUCAAACUCAGCACAACAUUCUUAUGGAUUCCCAAUCAACUGUCUCCGGUGUGAAAACUGUCAAGAUUAGCAAUGUUUCACUAAUUGUUUCUAAGAAAGAUGUCAAAGAGUUCUUUUCUUUCUCUGGUGACAUUCAAUACGUCGAGAUGCGAAGUGAGACACAAGAGAGUCAGGUCGCAUAUGUUACUUUUAAGGAUUCACAAGGAGCUGAAACUGCAAUGCUCUUAACGGGAGCUGUCAUUGCAGAUCUUCGUGUUAGUAUAACUCCUGCUGUUAACUAUCAGCUACCACCAGAAGCCCUUGCACUUGACUCGGAACAUUCGUUUAAUGGUUUUUCUGUCAAGAAAGCUGAAGAUGUGGUGAACAUCAUGGUGGGAAGAGGUUAUGCUCUUGGAAAAGACGCCAUGGAGAAAGCCAAAGCAUUUGAUGACAGACACAACUUGAUCUCAAACGCUUCUGCAACCAUUGCAUCGCUUGACGAUAAGAUGGGUCUGAGCGAAAAGCUAAGCAUAGGAACAACUGUGGUUAAUGAGAAGUUGAGAGAUAUCGAUGAGCGAUAUCAGGUGAGGGAGAUAACGAAAUCUGCUUUAGCAGCUGCUGAAGAGACAGCAAUCAGUGCAAGAACGGCUUUAAUGGCAAACCCUUAUGUAUCAAGUGGAGCUUCGUGGUUUUCAAACGCGUUUGGCGCAGUGACAAAGGCGGUUAAAGAGAAAGUUGAGAAUGGAGGAGAAGGAAGAAAGGAGAUCAUCACACUUGAUCCCUCUUCACCCAAAGUUCCUGCUGUAGUUCCUGUUAAGCUCGGUUGAUGCAGAUCUCAUCAAACCAAUCGGAUCUCGACUAAAUUCUUUGAUAGGUUUGUUGUUCAUAUAUAUGCUUUCGUAUGCUAAAGAGAAGAUAAAAAGACAUAAACCAUGAAAGGUGUUGUUACAUUCAACCAGCAUUUGUUCCUCUCUUGAAAGAGAUUAUUAAGAUUCAAG